AUGUCGUCCCUGUCUCAAGCGAUAUACUCGCGCGGUUUUGCUGAUCCUCUUGAGCACGCCAGAGAGAAGAUGUACGCCGAGCGAGCCCCAGACAACGAUGAGCUCCUUCUUUCCGCCUUGAUACCACUCUCGGCCAAGGAGCAUCGUCAGCGAGGCAAACUCUUCACCGCCAUAGACGGCAGAGGGCGCGAGAGAGUGUGGCAUACGUCUCUGGAAGAGAUUGUCGUUCAUUUGGACAGUGAUAGACACAGCAAGGGCAAGAGGGACAGGAUUUACGCGGGCUUUUCGGGAUUCUGCAAGCGGGCUGUGACUCAUCGGUGCAACGUAGCCGAACGCCUAGAGACAUAUACCGAGACAUUUGACUGUCAUCAACACGAUACCGAUCCCUUGGUCAUUACGGAGAUCCGGCAAGUCAGCAAGGCAUCAAUCUCGCAGGCACUCGUGCUCGCGCCAGACUCGCUCGACGAAAUAGCAUUCAGACCAUCAGCCCGAGUGUGUCUUGGCGGCAGCAUUGACCGCUCCUGCUGCGCCCAAAAGACUGCCCACCCGUGCAGAAAUCCGGUCGGACUCGACCUGAAAACGGCAUCGUCGUCAUCAAAGGCAUCACUAUCUGUACAUCCCGCAUACACUUUCGGAUUUGCACACGACCACGCCCCUUUUGUCAGCUCGACCAGUAGCCUACCGUCGAGAUCACUUUGUUCGGACGUGCACGGAUCGCUGGCCGAGACGUCGAUCCGGCCUCAUCCCUGUCAAAGGCACCGUCUCGCGCCACAAAGCUCUCAAACAGAUUCACGAUCCACAGCUCAUCUCUGUCGUCGAGCACGCACUCGGACUUUGUUCCGUAGCAGCGACCUGACUCUCAAUUUCGACGGGUCACUUGCCAACCGCGCGUGCAACAGCAACACGACUGACCACACUUGCUCGGAGCUACCCGAUUUUACAAUUGGAAGACUGAAGACGAAGACGUCAUUCGCUUCAGGUUUGCACGUACUAGGGCUGGCUUGA